AUUUGCUAAAUAAUUCUUGCUUGGUGACUUAUUCAGACAUUAAGAUGAGUAGUUCCAGGUAACAGGUAGAGCUAUGACGUAAUUUACAUGUAGUAAUUUGUAUUUAGUAGAAAAAUUUAUUACCUUAAUGAGAUAGGGUUGAUUAGUUUCAUUCAUUAGUUCUCUAUCUCCCAUAAUUAUAUAUUAUCAGUCGUUACUGGAAAUAUCAUCUUACGAGUUAUAAAUACUCCGUGAUAACCAAAACUCAUAGAUAAACAUUUAAGCAGUUACAUUUCAAGCUUCCUAAUGAAUGCAGUACUCAGGGAUAAUAACUCAAUCAUUUUGAGACAUAUACGUAGUUACACUACAAGUAUACGUACCAAAGUUAUUCUUUGGUUAUAAUAACUCACGGUUUGACAAUCAAACUGUUAUUUCAUAUGCAGUUUAGAAAAGUCAGAAAGCUUCUCAUCGUUAAUGAUAGUUGAUGGUUGGAUAUUUGAAUAGUCACCUAGUAAGUUAAGAAAACUGAGCCUUCUCACUUUUCUCUGUGCAACACACCCCUCUCGCGUCGCCGCGAGAUUAGGAUAGGCUUCCAGCAGAUAGGCUGGGAGGCAGGCAGGUUUUUUCGUUUGCAGGUGCUAUAUUUUUCGGACAUUGACUUGCAUACAAGUGUGUAAUAUGCAAUAAAAGAAGUGGGACAAUGCGGCGGCACAAGAUUUGAUAAUCGUGUUCGUGAAGUGAUCGUUAAAAAAAACUCAAGUGUACCCGGGGGAAAGUGACUUCCUUGUUCUCGACGCACCGUUGGCUGCUUGCUGUUCAUGAGUGAGCUUCAGGGCAGGCGCCACGAUGGAUCUCUCGAGGAAUCAUGACUGUUACCGUGCUAUCGACACCUGAGCGCGCCACAGCAACGAUGAGCCUCUACCAGGACCUCAAGCUUAAGCGCAGGAAGGCGGAGAGCAGCAGCAGCUUUUCUCGGUGCAGUCGCGAGUCCGAGCCUCCUGUCGAGUCGAUGGUGGUGGACGCGGGCGCCGUUGAGUCCGUGACAGACUCCCCAGAUUCUGGGGUGUCGUCAGGCACCAGCGAAAGCGGUAGUUGUGGCAUGUCCAUAACGUCCCCGCAGAUCACUUCCCCACCCGAUUCUCCUCCCCACGGCCGGGAACAUUCCCCUAUCGGGAGUCAUAUAUCCCCUAGCGCCUCACACCACACCAAGGAUGUCACUCACAUCAAGAUUGAGAGGCCCAGUAUACUGGAAUCGCAUCUGCUUUGUGAGAGACGGUCUCCUGACAGCCCGAGUGAGAAAAACAUUGAAGUUUCAUGUCGGCUGGAAUUCAACCGCGCGGAUCAGCCACCGUCGCCCAUGUACGGCACAGAAGAGCAGCAGGUUACAUCCACUCCAGUUGGUCUUGGCGCCGCACCAUCUUUCGACAGGAUGACUCCCUCCCCAGCCGCUUCUGCUUCAUCCCCUAUGUCCCACCACUCGGCAAACACGAGCGUCCCCAUCCAUGGAUCGUCUUUGGGUGCAGGAGGCGUCACCUCGUACAAUAUGGGCGUCUUUGCCACCACAUGCGGCAUCUUCAGUAGCGCGAGUGACUCAAAUCACACAACGGACGCAAGUUCCAACGGUCUUGUUUCCUCCAGCAGCUACUUGUCGAGAGAACAUUCUGUUCUAAGGAACGCAAUGACGACGCCUUUCGAUUAUCAAAGCUCCUUGGAGAAAGCGAGAAUCAACGGAAUCGUUCCUGAGAUCAUCCGCGGUGGUGAAAUACUCCACAAACACGAUCCUAAAGGGAUGUCUCGGACUCACAACAACACAACAAACACAGUCAUACUCGGGGAAGCGGGAGGUUUCAAAACCAUGUUGUGGAUCGGAGAUAAGCCCAGAGAAUCGCUGAACACGCAGUCACCUCACGUUACUCUCAGCAGUGACAUACGCAAUACAGUAGACGGCAUGCUGAGCUUGGGCAGAGUUUCUGCAGCUGGAUCGCCCCCAUCUUCGGUAGCCCAACAGAUUUCGCCCUUCUUCACAAACAGUUUAAUUUCUCCGGAUAAUGGACGUGGUCUCACAAAACAAAGUUCCUCGCCUCCGGGUUUCCGCGCUUCCAAACAUCCCACGUCAUCUCCAAUCCACGUGAGAGAAGAUCUCGAAGAUUAUCGCGUGAAGAAAGUAUUUACCGAUAACCCCCGACCAAUGCCAAUCAAUAUGGAGAGGCUCUGGCAAGGCGACAAGUCUCAGUUGCCCAGUAAUUCCUCGGAUGCCUUGUCUCCCAUGAGUCUGGGCAGCGCAGGCUUCGGUGACCGUAGAGGAGGGCCUUCACCCUCUCCUCCUAACAUGUCUUUAUCGCUCUGUGGUAACGAUAGGCGACCUGUCUUGCAAGAUGAAGAAGAAGACGAGACGCUCAUCUGCAUGAUUUGUGAAGACAACGCCACUGGACUACAUUAUGGCAUCAUCACAUGCGAAGGAUGCAAAGGAUUCUUCAAGCGCACAGUCCAGAACAAGCGCGUGUACAACUGCGUCGCAGACGGCAACUGUGAGAUCAACAAGCAGCAGCGCAACAGAUGUCAGUUCUGCCGCUUCCAGAAAUGUCUCGAUAAAGGCAUGGUUCUUGCGGCUGUCAGAGAAGAUCGGAUGCCCGGUGGUCGUAAUUCUGGUGCAGUGUACAAUCUAUACAAGGUGAAAUAUAAGAAAAGGAACAAGAACAAGCAACACAUGGGGAAUAACCGCGCUGUGGGUUACGGGAUCCCCGACAGAGGGACCCCUCAGGGACCGCGUCGCUGUAAGGGCCCCUCCUCUCCCGCAGGCGACAUGCCCCCACCCGCCUACAUGCCUGCGGCCAGAACAUCGCCAACCUCCUCUCAGAUGUCACCAACUUCCAUGACUUUGCAUCAGGCUAUGGUUUCUGCGGCGAGUGCCGCGCCGACCUCCACCUUGGCGUACAACCGAAAUUUUCCCACAAGUUUAGCCCCCGGGACCAUUCUGAAGGCGGCUCUAACCAACCCUGCUGAGGUCGCGCAUUACCGACAACGAUCAGAGAGCGCAGUGAGCUUCCCGGUGCGGGACAACAAAGACAGCAAAGACUGCCUCAUGAUGUUCAACGAAAUGGAGAUGCUCAUUAAAGAACUCAGGCAGUACGACCGCUUCCAAGAGUGUGCGCUAAUGCAGUUACUGCCAGAGUUUAGCGGCCCCGACGACAUCACGCCCGAAGACGGCAGAAACCCAAUCUUGUACGACGAACCUGAAGAAAAUGCAGAAGGAUUUUUUGCCGACAAAGUCGCGUGUAAUUUGAUGCAGUGGGUGAGACACUUGCCGUUCGGGGACGAGUGUGCAGAUCAUUUGUUGACGUCAUCAUGUUUUGGCUUGGUUAUUUUGAACGCUGCUUUUUAUCUUCAUCACCAAAAAGGACCAAAACUUAUCAUACCAACCACAGAAUUCUACAAUAGAGAACUAAUGGAAGAGAUGUCGGCCAACAUCAACGCGCUUAAGAAAGGCCUCAUGGAGAUGAGCCUCUCCAAAGGCCAAACAGAUUUUUUGCUUCAGCGAUGGGUGCCAAUCACUGAAAAAUUGUCAGAAUUCACGGUAUUUUUUGAUGCUAUUCGCAUCGAAGAGCCAGAAUUCCUCCUGCUCAAGGCAAUAAUGUACACAAUGAAGGCUAAGCCUGACAUGACCAAUAUUGUCGAGGCUGAGCGAUCUUACCGGCAGUGCCUGAGGACUUAUUGCCAGAUGAAGUGUCCCUCGCAGCCCAACAGAGCCCGUGACCUGCUUAACAAGAUGAUCGAGAUCCUGGACGUGAGCCAAAAUCUUCUGUUGUCCGACACCUCGCGGUUGAAGGCGCCGUUUUUCAUCUGCGAUAACAGAUAACGUCAAGGAUUACGCAACAGUUAGUCCCAAGCCAUCAUCAUCUGUUGGUUGCAACCUCAUCCUCGGCUACGCAAUAUGGCGAUGUUAGUACCUGACUUUUGAUCUUGUUCUGAUAUCGUAUCAGCUUCUGACAUCGUCAUUUAUCCGCAUCAACCCAUCACUUCAUUUCACCCAGACUCAAUCUCGUCCAACGGCAGCAUGAGCCAUAGGUCACUCAUGAAUAUAUUGUGGUUUGCAUCUGAAUCUUGACUAAAAAUAUAAUUUUAUGUUAAUUUCGCGUGAGUACAUAAAUGUGACAU